AUGGUCCAGGCUGUUUGUGUUCUCCAAUUCAAAGCUCCAGAUACCAAGUCCGCGCCGCUACUUGUGGCCUGCUUUUUAUCACAGGAGGAUGACAUAAACAAAACCACGGAUCUACAAGAAAACGGUUCGAAAUAUUUGCCAGCGUAUAUACUUCCUGGCCAGGUUAUCAUCUUCAAAAAAUUCCCACUUAACUCCCAUGAGAAAAUUGAUAACGCCGCUUUCGAAAGCGAACUUAGCAAGAAGCUACCUAGGAAUAACGCAGGCACACAACAUGAUGUGAGAAGCAUGCUUGAGAAAAUCUGGAAAGAUGUUCUGGGCAUACAUGCGGCGCAUGAGGAUGACGACUUCUUUGACCUAGGCGCCACAUCUCUGCACAUUGCUCAUUUGACUGUGAAGAUCAGGCAGACCUUGGGGAAGUUUAUCAGCCUACAGAAUCUUUACAAUAAUUCACGUUUUGGGAAAACGGUUCAGUUCAUCGAGUCCGUAAAAGAUGGGGAAGCUACCAAGAAAAUUGCGGUGAUCGAGCGACUGAAGACUGACUCAUGUGUAACUGGUGACAUACUACCCUCAGAUGGUUCUACUUCGACGGCUACUGGGACUGAGGAGGCGCAUAUUUUCUUGACGGGUGCAACGGGCUUCCUUGGGUCAUACUUCCUGAAACACCUCUCUUCCACUGUGGCUAUUGAGUCGCGGAUUAUAUGUUUAAUCAGGUCGAGGAACGACCUCUCCGCAAAUGCACGUUUGCGGGAAGCGUUUAGGAAAUAUGGCCUUUGGGACGGCAAGGUUGAAGAACACAUCAGUGUGGUGGAUGGUGACCUUGCAACGCACCACUUUGGCCUGGCGGAUGAAUAA